AUGGACCAAUUCUUUGGCGGCCUUUCCGCCCCGCAGCUGCCGGCUUCGGCGGAGCCGUCGAGCCAGCUCGAGUCGCUCCUGGGCGCCUUUGACACGGCCGACGCCGAGCAGCUGCAACGGCUGCUGCAGGCGCUGGCCAACUCGCAUCUCCUGCACCGCCUGCCCAGCGAUCAGAGCCAGCACAAGCUCACCGUCCGCAUCAACUCGCUCAUCUCGACCCAAAAGGUGGCCGGCUACCGCAUCGCUUCCCUCUGGCUCACCCAGUCGCCCUCAAUCUGGAACGCCCACCUGGUCAACCACGCCGCAUCCUGGCUCAACCACGCCAUCAACCUCCUCACCUCGCCCGCCACCCUCAACCGCCCCAACGCCGACCUGCUCGAGGCCGCCCUCUCCCUCGUCACCGUCCACAUCCUCCAGGAACCAUCGCCCUCGCGCCAGGAGUUCCACCGCCAGGUGGUCACCCCCAACCUCAUCAAGUUUGUCACCACCCUCGUCGACGCCGCCAGCAACGUCGUCGACAAGCUCGACAUCUUUGCCUAUGCCCGGGCGCUCUACGUCCUCAUCAGCUCCAUCGACCACCACCUGCGGGCCCACCCGGCCUCGUGCCGAGCCCUCUCUUCGCGCAUCCACCUCCUCUCGCGCAAGGUCCUCUACGCUCCCGAGCGGCUGCAGGCUGCCAACCCAAAGGCGGCCGCGCCUCGACUGCCCCAGCCGCUCCUCUCGGCUGCGGUCCGCCUUCUCUCGUCUCUGCAUCUGACUGGCGCGCUCGCAGCCAAAUCCAACGACGGCGGCGCAGGCAACGGCAGGGCGACCCAGGCGCAGCUCUGGCAGUCGACCAUUGCCAGCGAGCUCAACUUGGCCAAGGACGCCUGGCUCGCCUGCGUUUCCAGCUACGAAACCGGCGCGCGCAACGAAGAUAGGUCGACGAAAGGCGAUGAGCCGGCUGGCGCUGCGGCAAACGAUACGGCCAUGCCGGCACUUCCCAAGGAUCCCCUGGCAGCCACUCGGAUCGCGCUGGGUCGCAUGGACAUGCUCCUCGGCUGCCGUGGGCGAGUCGGUGUGCUGCCCCUCUUGUUGAGGACGCCUACGCCUCGGCCCGUGCCCGUCCCCUUCGGACAGCUGCUCGACUUUGCGCUGCAGAUCCUCCGCGUCGGCUCACACACGCCGCAGAAGCCCACGUCCGAGGCUUCUCUCUGUGCGCUCCAGGCAGCUCACCUGCCCCAGCACUACAUCGCUGCGCUCAGCCUCAUUGCACAGCUCGUGCUGCUUUCGCCCGAGGCAGCCGCUCUGCAGGCCGCCGAAGUCAUCUCCGAGGUCUGCCGAGUCGGCGAAGCGGCCCAGGGCGGGAACGCGACGGGCUACUCCCCGCGACUCCGCAUGGCCGCUCUCCGCACCCUGUCCAGCAUCGUCGGCGGCGCAAAGCGGGGGAGCGCAAGGCUGGCGCUGGAUCCCAACGGACGGGCGACGCUGCGUGCGGCCCGGCUGUGCUCUAGCCAGGUGGCGCGCGUGGUCCUCGCUCCUCCGGGCGCCUCGGACGCUCAGGCCGGCGUCAAUGAGCCUGCCUCCAACAGCAACUCCAACGGCCACGGCUCCGGCAGCUCGAGGAAGGCAAAGAAGGCGCGGCUCUACGAGAGCGACUCGGUGUUUGGCACCGCCGCCAACCCGCGCGACGCCAUCCAGCGUCUGCAGCCCGAAGAGAUCGCCGCGACGCAGGUCGCGCUCCAUGUCCUCGAGGCCGUCUUCCCGCACCUCACCACGGAGCUCAACGCGCAGCACCAUGACCUGGCCCACACUUCGGCGCAGGUUGUCCUGGCACUGGUCGAGGUGCUCUCUGGCUCGCAGAGCGGCUCUGCUGUCGUCUCAACCUCGGCCUCUGUCCCGGGCGGGCCUCCCAGCAUCGAUGAUCUCUUCUGCGCUUCGCUCGAGGCCCUCUCGAGCCUUUUGCGCGGCUCGCCUUCUCCGAUGCUGGCGUUGUCGCUGCCUCGCAUCACGCCGGCGCUCGUCGAGCUCGCCGCCGUCCACGGCAACGCCGCCGUGCGGGCCGCCGCGACCGAGGCGAUGUCCUCGCUCACGCUUGCGAGGAAGGGCAACAUGGUGCCCAUCGCACGCGGUCUCGGCUUCUACCCGGACCCGAGCGAGACCAACAACGAGUUUGACCCGACGCCAGAGGGGAGCCAGUUGACGACCGGCAUCGACCGCACGCUGCACCUGCAGCCCGUGGCGCGCGAGGCCGAGUCAAUCCGCAACGUCCUCAAGCUCGACGCCAGCGCCCCGAGCAAGCCAACCCACAGCGCCAGCGCCGGCGACGAAGGCCGGAUGGACAUCGAUGCCAUCACGGCCGAGUCGGAUUCGCUUGCAUCGGCCUCGUCGGCGGCGCCGGGCAUCGCCGCCACUGCGGCCACCGCGGCCGGGCUGGGCAAGGGUCUGCCCUCGCCGCUGAGCCGCAGCUCGCCGCUGCCCCACUCUCCGCCCCGCUCGUCGUCGCUGCGCGACACGAGGGUGUUUAGCCCGGAUCCCGUCAAGCCGGCCCACCGUCCCUCGACGCCGCGCAUCGGCAGCCCAUCGGCGCUCGACAGGAGUGUGAGCUUUGGCAGCGCUCAGAACCAGGCGAGCAGGGACAAGGAGGCCGAGGCUGGGUCCACAGGCCCUACUGCUGCCACGGAAGGCGACGAGGCACCCACCACUGCUCCGGCCGCGGUCACCACGACCACCACCACGACCAUCCUUACCGAGGAGGAGGCCUUGACGGAUGCGCUGUCCACGUCGGCGGUCGAGAUCACCGAGAUGACGACGGCCGCAGCACCGCCGGUCUCGGCCGUGCAUCAUGUCGCUGCGGGCGAUGGCGGUGAUGCUGAUGAUGACGACGACGAGGAGAUGCCGGAGAUUGACAUGGGCGAGUCUGGGUCGGAGGACGAGGGUGACGAGGCGGCGGCGGAUCAGGACCAGGACGACGAGCAGAUUCUCCUCGGAUGA